AUGUCACCGGCGUUCUCGGAGCCACAUAUCGGCAACCAAAGUAGCUAUCCUUGCGGUACUGCGCCAUCCAUCGGUGAUAUCCAGGGCAGUGUACAUGGAAAUAUGCCACGGCAAACAUUCCUCCAAUACGCCACCGACUUUCACAUGUCUCCCGAACACCCGCGACGUGCACUCGCGGCUCAGUGUGGCAUGCCCCAGACGAAUGGUGAGUGUGUUAGUUCGGAGGCCGCACUUCCUGGCAAUGCCUACCGCCCUAUCAACCAUCCAUUAGGCGGGUACAGCACCUAG